AUGAUAAAGCUCUCACUUCUCCUAAGUCUAGCGAGCUUCACUGCAGUUCUUGCAAACCAAAGGCCUCGCUGCCAAAGAUGCCCAGUGAGCAGCAGUAAGUACUUCCAACAAAAUAAUCUUCUUGGAAGCAGGUUCCAAAACGAGGUACAGAGACUUUGCGCCCGCCGUGUGCGAGAAGAAAGUUCUUCUGAAUCAUCCUCUUCCUCUAGCUCUGAAGACUGCUCCCGAAGAAGGAGAAGACCCCACAGAGAAUGGGAGGACAGCUGUUCAUCAUCAUAUUCUUCUUGCAGUAGCACAGAUAGCUGCUCUUCAAGCGCCCCCUGCCCACCUCCAGUGGCUCAAAGGUGUGAUAUCGAACUCAAGACUCCUAUAAUCCUGAUGGGAGAAAGGAUCUACGAAUUCCUCAAGAACUACGAGGACCAGUACAAGAAGGCUGUUCUUCUUUUCUUGACCAAUAUCCUUUCGCAGAUCUCAGGAUUCAACCCAGUCUUCCCUGGUGGAGACUACGAUGCUCUGAUUGAACAACUCAAGACACUUGGAGUCACUGUCCCAGCAAACACUGCUGCCGAGCUUGCCGCCAUAGAUGCUGCUGAGUCGUCAGCCCUCACAAGGGCCAUUCAGGCCAAUGCACAGAAGGUAAUUAGCGAUCUACUUACCAGGGUCAGUGCCAUGUGCUACUUGGACAUCAUGAGCCUUGUCAACAGUGGUCUUCUAGCCAGCCAAGUCUCAAGUGUUUUCAACAACAUCCAGCCAAUAAUCACCAUUGCCGGAAAUGAUUUGUUUGCCAAACAGAUGGCAGUGUUCCAGAAGAUACCAGGAACUCUGCCCUCCGCUGCCAUCACAGCUAUCACCAAUGCUCUCCAAGGCAACAGGACCAACUUUGUCACAUUCUUUACAACUCAGACAAGCAAUCUGCAAACAAGCGUCCAGAACUCUCUUACAACCCUGAUUUCUGAGCUUGAGAAGCUGGCCACCGACACGGAGACUGCCUUCACAGCUUUUGCAAAUGCAGAAAUUUCAGCACUUAUAAGCAGAAUCUUCCCAACAUCCACCACAUCUUCGGGAUCCGGAGACUCUACAGGGUCUGGAAGCACGGGAGAUGCAGGAGAUGCGGGAGAUACAGGAGAGGACGGCGGAGAUGAUGAGGGUACAGAAGGAACUGGUUAG